AUGGUUCCAUCUUCUUUCAAGGCAGCUAGGGUGGUCCCCAUCCUAAAGAAGCCGAGUCUCGAUGGCACCGACAUCAACAAUUACCGACCGGUAUCUCUCCUUUCCUUCCUUUCUAAAAUUCUCGAACGUGCUGUUUACAACCAACUAUCUGUCUUUCUCUCUGAAAACCAGCUACAGGACCCCAACCAAUCCGGGUUCAAACCAGCCCACUCUACUGAAACUGCACUCAACGCAGUUUCAGAGAAACUCCAUGCAGCAAGGUCAGCUGGACUGUCAUCAGUUCUGAUUCUUCUCGACCUCUCUGCAGCCUUUGACACUGUCAAUCACAAGAUUCUUCUGUCUAUCCUUUCUGGCCUUGGCAUUUCAGGAACAGCAUGGAAGUGGUUUGAGUCCUACCUAGAGGGGCGCUCCUACCAGGUCUCGACUCGGAUCACAGCAUGUCUGGCAGACGUUGCAUCGUGGAUGACAACCCACCACCUCAAGCUGAACCCAAGCAAGACGGAGAUGCUUUACAUCCCGGGAUCUUCUGGUAUUCGGUGUGAUCUCUCUAUUCCCUUUGAGAACACCCUGAUUACUCCAUCUACAGAAGCUCGUAGUCUUGGGGUAGUUGUAGAUGACCAGCUCUCUUUCACGGCUCAUGUUGCUAACCUGACUCAGUCAUGCAGAUUUCUCCUUUACAACAUCCGGAGAAUUCGACCUUUUCUCUCUAGAGAGGCCACACAGGUACUCGUUCAGUCUUUAGUCAUUUCUAGACUAGAUUACUGUAACUCCCUUCUGGCUGGUCUUCCAAUGCGUACCAUCAGGCCCCUGCAACUGAUCCAGAAUGCUGCAGCUCGACUUGUCUUCAACCUUCCUAAGUUCAGCCAUGUCACUCCACUGCUGCGUUCCCUUCAUUGGCUUCCUGUAGCAGCUCGCAUCAGAUAUAAAACCCUGAUGUUGGCCUACAAAGCCAAAAAUGGUCCAGCUCCUUCCUACUUGAGAUCAAUGGUGAAAGCUAGAUCCGUACCCAGAGACCUUCGUGCUUCAAGUACGGCUCGACUUGACCCUCCAUCUUGCAGAUCACAAGGAAAACAUGCCUCCAGACUGUUCUCUGUCCUGGCACCAAGGUGGUGGAAUGAACUUCCCCUAAGUGUCCGAACAGCAGAAUCACUUGCUGUCUUUAAACGACGUGCUGAGGGUCACGGCAUCACUGACGUAGAUGAUUCUCUCAAUGAAGAUCAGGAGAAAGAUCUCAACUUCAAGUGGGACAGUCGUGGGCUGGAGCCCAUCCCAGGUCCUGGUUGUGUUCAUGAUGAAGCUCAGCACAUCUAUGGAAAUGUUAACUUUGAAUUUGUGGAGAAAAAACCUGAAUAA